AAGCAGGACACAUGGCCAUGCCUGAGUUCUACAGGGCUGUGAUACAUAGUCCUCCCAUUGGAAGGGACAAGGAGUAAUUUUGAACAAUAACAUACCUAGGACGUUCAUUUUGUUGAUUGAUCUUAGGUGCUUAUGGAAACUGCAGUGUGCAGACCAAUCCUUUCUCCCACCCAUGUCAAUGCUACAGCCUCUGAAGCAUUCACGGUUCUUCAGCAAAGGAUGAGAAUAGUGGAGGAACAAACCAGCUCUCUGAGGAAUGAUUUAAUCAUGUUGGACUAUGAUGACGAAAGAGGCCAACUGGAAGCUCCAAGCUGUUCAGAAGACUCGACCAGCCAGAGAGUCAUUACUCCUGUCCAGAACGAAGUAGUAAGCUCAGGAAAAACAGAUGUUUUAUGGAAGAACUGUGAGUUUCUGGUCAAUCGAAUGUGUCAUCUGGAAAGUCUUAUCCAGUCCUUGAAGCUGAACAUUUUUCGUAUACAAACUGAAAAGGAUUUAAAUCCACAGAAAACAGCUUUUCUGAAGGAUCGAUUAAAUACAAUACAGGAGGAGCAUUCCAGAGACCUGAAGCGGUUGCAUCUUGAAGUGAUGAAUUUGCGCCAGCAACUGAGAAGUGUGAAAGAAGAAGAAGACAAGGCACAAGAUGAAGUACAGAGGUUGACUGCAACUCUGGAGAUUGCCUCAGACACAAAGAAGAGUGCAGCCAUUAUUGAAGAGGAACUAAAGACCACAAAACGUAAAAUGAACUUUAAAAUUCAAGAGCUAAGAAGACAACUGGCUCAGGAGAAACACCUCAGGGAAUCUCUAGAGAAAUCUGGAUCAGCCAUGCUCCUCAAAAUACAAGAAAUGGGAUCAACUGUGGAGGUGGAACGGAAACAGGUGCACAUUUUGCAGCAAAACUGUAUUGCCCUCCGUGGCUCCAUACAGAAUACCCAAAAACUACUGGUACAGGAGCAGCAAAAGAAAGGACAGUUGGAGUCUGCUACUUCACAACUCAAGUUUGAUAUAAUUUCCAGAGAUGACCUCAUUUCGAAGUUGGCUGAAGAAAAUAAGAAUUUGCAGAUGUCUUUAGACAAAGAACAGGAAGAAAAUGCAAAUUUGAGGUCUGAAAUCAUAACUCUUCAGGAACAAUCAGAGAAGACAGAGGUUUUGAAUGACCAACUGAGUAAAAAGUGUUCAGAAUUAAACAUCAUGCUUCAGACUGUUAGUAUGGAAAAUGCCAGAAUCAUUGCUGACCAUCAAGCCAUCCUACAGGUAGGACAGAAAAUGAUGACCCAGACAUUUCAGGAACAAAGCCUAAUACUGAAUGCAGCUCAUGCCACCAUCACUAGUGAGCUACAGACAGUAGAGAAUGAGAAAACCCAACUCCAAGAACAUCUGGACCGUUUAAUCCUUGAGCAUAAUCAGUGUGUGCACAAAGCACAGGAGGCUGAGAACAGAGCAGCUUUGCAAAAAGAACUUCUGGAAUCAACUAUUGCUAGGCUGCGAGGUGAACUGGAAGUGUCAAUUCAAGAGAAUAAGUCUCUACUGGAAGAGAAAGAAAGAUUUCAGAGAGAGAUUAAUAAAACAGAAAAAGAAACAAAACAAGAGAAACACAAUAUGGAAACGGAAUUAGCUAAAAACAAGGCAGACAUAAAUACAUUAAAUGAAAACCUGCAGACACUAUUGGAAGAAAAUAAAAACCUGGCAAAUCAAAUGGCUUCCCUAGACGUUCAGCAAAUCACUUCUGAUUACCAUGGGCUUGCCCACCAGAAGGUGGAAAAAGUCUUAGGAAAAAUUACGGAGAGUAAAAACAAACUGGCUUAUGAAAAAGGAAAGCUCCAGAUAAAAGUUAAACAGCUUGAACAACAACUACAUGCUUUUACUGAAACCAACCAACAGAAUGAUCAUCUAUGCAAGCUGAAUAAGGCUCUAGAGGCCAAAUAUGACCAGGAGAUUGGAGACUCCAGAAUCUCUCUAAAGACUCUUCUGAAUGCUAUUAAAACCAUGGAGGGAAGACUAGAAGGCAAAAUAGACAUUCUUGCCUCGAGACCAUUACUGAGUGAUGAGUCACCAAAUUUUCUUAAACGAGAGUCGGUGAAAUCUAUUCUUGAAAAAAAUGAAGAAGAGCUGUGCCAAGCAGUGAAGUCUCGUGAUGCAGCACUAAAAGAGAGUCAGCGGCUCAAGGGCGACCUGGAGGCUUUGGAGGACAGAGAAAGCAAGAAGGUGGGAAAUUUCCAGCGACAAUUGGCAGAGGCUAAAGAAGACAACUGCAAAGUUACAAUCAUGUUGGAGAAUGUGCUGGCUUCUCACAGUAAGAUGCAAGGUGCUCUGGAAAAAGUACAGAUAGAGCUCGGGCGCAGGGACUCAGAGAUUGCAGGCCUCAAGAAAGAAAGAGCUCUAAAUCAACAACGGGUACAGAAACUCGAAGCCGAAGUGGAUCAGUGGCAGGCUAGAAUGCUUGUUGUGGAUGCCCAGCAUAGCAGUGAGAUGGAGCCACUACAGAAGGCUCUGGAUACAGCUAGAGAAGACAAUAGGAAACUGGCUAUGAGCUUGGAGCAAGCUCUCCAGACAAAUAAUAACCUGCAAACAAAACUAGAUCACAUUCAAGAGAAAUUGGAAAGCAAAGAACUUGAGCGGCAGAAUUUGGAAACCUUCAAAGAACGGAUGACUGAAGAAUCCAAAGUGGAAGCAGAAAUGCAUGCUGAACGCAUAGAAGCUCUAAGAAAGCAGUUUCAAACAGAGAGAGAAACUACAAAGAAGGCAGCACAACGGGAGGUUGCUGAGCUGAAGAAAGCCCUUGAUGAAGCCAACUUCAGAUCAGUGGAAGUGUCCCGGACCAACCGGGAGCUGCGGCAGAAAAUUACAGAACUAGAAAAAGUGCUAAACAGUAACAAGGAGAAAAUAAAGAAUCAGAAAGCCCAGAUUAAGCUCUACUUGUCAGCUAAGGCGAAUAAUGUUCAGAACAUCGAGAGGAUGAAGCAAAUAGAAACAGAAUUGAGACAAAUGGAGCUAAUUAAGGACCAAUACCAGAAAAAAAACUUUGAGCAGUCAUUGAGCAUCCAGAGAUUUGUUUCAGAAAUGAGUAACCUGCAGAAGGAGAUGCAGCUGUUGGCCAAGAGUCAGUACGAUACCUCAGCACGGAAUAAACAGCAAGAGCUGCGACUGGAGACAGAGAGGAAAAUAAGACAGGAAUUAGAGAAUCGAUGUCGGGAAUUGGAAGACACUGUCAGACACCUGAGGAAAUGUAAAGAGGCAACAGAGAAUAAGCUGAAGGAAGCCAGUGUGGAAUCAGAACAGAUAACAGCUAACCUGGAAGAAGCUCACCGCUGGUUUAAGUGCAGAUUUGAUGGCCUACAGCUUGAGCUGACAAAGAACCGGCUACAAAGGCUUCCCCGGGAAGACAGGUGGCAGGAAGAGGACCAAGAUAAAAGGCACAAUAACAUGCCCUUCCAGUCUGCUCUACAACGAUGGGAGACUAAACAGAAUCUUAGGCUUAUGCCCAAGAAGUAUCAUUCUGACAUAGAGAGGAAGUGAUGUCCUUGACAAAGGAGCUUCUUCAUGUAUUGCCACACCUCCGCGAUUUCACCAGCCCAACAACUGGGGCUGGCCUGUUUCUCCAAUCAUAAGAAUGUGACGUUUUUGAUGUGGGCUAAAGAUUUUGAGCCAUAGUUUAUCCUUCUAUGAACUCUUUUAUAUCAAUACUGAACCACCCCAUCUUUAUUGUCCUUUUCCCUGUUUUCCACUCAAUAAAUUUAUAUUAAUUUGUUGUAUGAUAGGA